AUGAAUUGGAGUUAAAAAUUAUCAAAAAAGAAAAAAUAAAUAAAUAAAUAACAAAAAGAAGAAGAAAAGCAGUAUUAGAUAGAUUUCAAUAAAUAUAAGAAAAUAAAUAGAAAUUCCCUCCUAAAAAAUUAAAUCAAGCAAAGAAAGAUAUACAUAGAUUGUUAUAUAGAUUAUACAUAUUUAUAGAGAAUUCACAAAUAAAUUAUGGAAGAGGAGAAGCAGAUAGAUAAUAAUUAGAAGCUUGAAGAAUCUAAUUUUAAAGUUAAAUUUACUCGACUCAGCAAUUACCAGGACUACUAAGAAUCAUAUUGUGAGGUUUGCUUUCAGAGUAAUAAUAAAUACUAUCCAGAAAAUGAUGAAAAAGGUAUUAAAAUGAUGGUCUGUUACGGAUGCAGUUUGAAAUGUCAUGCAUAUUGUUACGGGAUAGACACCUAAACAUAAGAAGAGCUAAUUAAAAAGAAACAAGACCAAAAGGUCCUUUAUUUUUUAUGUCAAAAGUGUAGGAUUGAGCCUAAAAAACCAAUUGGAUGUGUCAUUUGUAAUCAGAAAAAGGGAGCUUUAAAAAAGAUAGAAAAUUCAUAAACAAACGAAUGGGUUCAUAUUACAUGCGGAUUUUAUAAUAAAGGAAUAGUCAAAAUAGACAAUUAUAGGACAAUGGCAUUUGUAAAAUAGAGUGAUGCUCCCAUAGAAAAAGAUAAAAAAGCAAAGAAGUCUUGUCAUUUUUGCAAAAGCGAUGUUGGAAUUGAAAGGUGUGUUACUGACGGAUGUUAAUAACAUGCACACGUUUAUUGCAUAAUGAAUUACGUGAGGGAAAAGGAGAAAGCAGGAGCUGACCCAUUAGAUAUUAAAUGGUUUGCUCGUAUGAAUUAUGUUAACAAUGUUAAAUUUGACAUAAGCAAGGGAGAAAAUGAGACUAGCAACCUCUCUAAAAACGUCUACUUUCAAUAGUCUAUGAAGCAUAGUUUCAAUGAAAUCUCUUAAAUUUUAUUAGGAGAACCUAUUUAUUAAUUAGAAAAUGCAGCCUCAUUUGAGUCUGCUGAAAUCGUCCCUGCUGAGCAAAAGCAGAGCAAAAUCUCAUCAGCCAAGAAAAAAGGCAAAAGAAAACUUAGCGAAGAUGAAACUUAAGAUUAAAACUAGGAAAACACCAAUUUCAUAGAAGAAACUCAAUAAGCAACAAAAAUUACCAAGCAAAAUAAAAUUGAAUAUUAAUCCAAGUUAGUAGAAUUGGGAAAUCUUGUUAUGAAAAAUUUCGUCCUUAAUGCCACCACAGCCAGUAGCAUUCAAGAAGAACAAGUAGUUGCAGCAGCAAAAAUGAAUUCUUCAGCUCUUAAAAAAUCUGCAAAAAACGAUAAAAUUUAGAAUUCAGAUAAAGCCACAUAAGAUAGCCAAAAUUCUGAUCCUGAAAUCUACCUCAGAGGAGGUGAAAUGUAUAUUGAAUGUCCUGAUCACAGAAGAAUAGACGUAUACUGUGUCUGCUAAAAAGCAGAUGCAUCAGACGACAUGGUCUAUUGCGACCUUUGCAAUGACUGGUAUCACUAUAGCUGUGUGAAGUAUAAUCCUGAUAAAGAUGAUGAUUCAAGUGGGAAAUAUAGAUGCACUAUGUGCGAAGAUUGGUACAAUCAUAAGAAGAAAAAACUAUUGAAGGAAUUUUAAAGUGGAAAAGCAGAGACUACUAACAUUUUGAUUGCAAAUAUGCCUAAAUUUAAUUUGAUGGAUUUCAUUUCAGUUAUUAUGAUCACUGAUCAAAGAAUUUAGAAUUUGCUUUUCAAUUAGAAAAAGGGAAAUAUUGACAGUUAAAUAAAUGAGGCUGUCAAAUUUUUAAGCUAUUUUCCUUUGUUUUCUUCUAAAAUACAAGAAAUUACUGUUUUCAAAUAAAGAAAAUAUCUGCAUCAAGCUGUCAAUGACUUCUUAUAAAAAAUUAUUGAGGAAACUGAGCUGUUAAAAAUAGUUUCGGCUGUCUAAAUAGAUGAAAAAAGUCCUGCAAAAUACAUAGUUUUGGAAGAAAAUUUAAAAAAGAAUGAGGAGCUCAAAAGACUUAUUGAUGGAAUCAGCGCUUUGUUCCAAAGGAACAAGACAAAGGAAAAGGGAAUUCUGCUUAACUUGAAGAAACCUAUAAAUUGGAUUUUGAAGGUCCACCAAGUGUUUUUCAAAAAAUAAGAAAAGAUCUCUUCUUUAAUUUUGCAAGAAUUAAUGAAAGAUGAAGAAGAUGAUGUCAAAAAUACUGUUGAAUAUUAAUUAUUAGAUCAAUACGCUUAAAGGUUGAAGUCUUGGAAUGCUAAAGUUAAUAGUUUCUACGAAAAUAUUAUUUAAAAAGCAAAUAGUAAAAUGGAAGAAGAAAAGCAAUCUGCAGAAAACACAGAAAAAAAACAAGUUGAAGAAGAUGAAUUUAUAAAUCUCAAAUAUUAAUUAUGGAGAGAUAGAUUAAGCACUAGACCUACUAUAGAGGAGCUAGAAUAAAUCUUGGAAGAAGGUAGAGAAAUUCCAGUUGAUUGUUCUCAAGAUAUUAAAAAACUUGAAUCUGAAAAAGAUGAAGUUUAAAUUUGGUUCUAGACUCUCGAUGAAAGGGAAAGAAGUGCAAAUUUACUUCUCACAUAAAAGCUCAAAUAGGAAGAGAGGAUAAACAAAAGUAGUCAUAUUGCAUAAAAUGAUCAAGAUGGUGAAAGCAAGAUCAAAAAAGAAAAUAAUACUUAAAGCAUUUCAAAAGCUAGUUUGUAGGAAGAAUAAGCUUAGGAGUAACAAAUGAAUAACUAAAAUGGAGAAAAAAUACAAGUUGAAGAAGAGCAAAAUUAGUAACAAAAAUAGGAAAAUAGCGAAGAUCCUAAAAUAAAUGAAGAAAAAAGCAAUGAAAAGAACGAAAAUUAGAAUGAAGCUGGUGUUAAAGAUUAAAUGGAUAAUGAAGAGAAUGAGCAAAACCAAAAAGGUGAAUAGAAAUAGCAAGAAAAAAUGAACGAAGAAAAUAAUAAUGCAAAGGAUUAGUAAAAUACUGCAAUGGAAAUAGAAAAAAAUAGUGAGAAAACUGACAAAAAGGGUGAAGAACAUAAGGAAAAUCAUCAUAAAUAAGAGCAAGAAUCAUAAGCAGAAGGAGGAAAGGGUCAUGUAGAUAACUUAACUCACUAAAAGAUUUACAAGAAUUAAUAACUUAUGAGCAAGGGAGACUUCGAAAUAUUUGCUAAUUAAAUGUUUACAAAAGUAGUUUUGCAAGUUCCAAGAAUGAAUUAAAUUAUUGACAUGCUAUAGCAAUAUGAAGUUAAUGAGCUCUAAUGGGAAAGACUCCUAGAAUUUAUUAAUGAAAAAGAAUAAGAAAACAAUGCUAAGAAACAACAGUAAGAGUUAGAGCAAAAUCAAUAACAAGAUGAAUUCAUUUAAUAGCAAAUUAUCCUGAGUUAGUAUUAGAAUAACACAAGUAAGUAUGAACUCAUUGAAUUUUAAGAGCUAAAGGAUUUACUGGAAUCAUGCUUGAAACUUGAAAUUAAGGUUCCCUUCUUGAAUUAAAUAGUUCAAUAAAUGAACAACUAUUUAGAGCAAAAAGCAUAAUUCCAAAAUGUGUUGAAUUCUUAGUUUGACGAGAGCAACUAUUUCUAGCAACUUAAAAAAAUUUUAACAUUGCCAUUUAUAUUUGAAGAAGAAAAAUAAUUCUACGAAAGAAUAGUUUACUUCAAAGAAAUUCAAGAAAUUUGCAAGAGUGGAUUUAAAAAGUUUUACAGUGUCGAAUAAAUCUAAAAGUUAUCAGAAAUUUGUCAAUCAUCUAAAUUCUCCGAAGAAAUUACCUCUGAAUUUUAGUCAAAAACUGAAAACAUUUGUUAAAUAGCUAAAGGUCUCAACAAAAUUGUAGAAACUGGCCUAAUUGAAAAAGAACAACUCGAUCAAGCCAAAGAACUCACAGAAUAAAUCAGCCAAAUGAAAAACUCCAAAGUAGACUUUAAAAGAGAGUUAGAAAUCCUAAAAAGCAUCUAAAAAUCAGUCUAAUGGUUCAGAUCCUUACACAAGUUCUUCUUCAACCUCAACGAAGACCAAAUUAAGCUUGAUCCAUCAAUGCGUGUUCAAGAAAUCGAUUUAGAAAUUGAAGACAUGCUCGAAGCCAAAAAUAUUGAUGAAUGUGAAGCGGAUAUUUAAGAGAAGUGGAAUCUUGUUUGUUAGAAUUUAAAUCAAGUGAAAGGGGAAUUGUAUAGUUUCAUUAAGGAAGGGAUUUCAACAGAAUAUCAUCACGAUAAAAGAAUUAGCAAGAUUUAUCAAAAUUUAUGCGAAAUGUGUUGGAUUUAUGAGGCGAAAUUAUUGCUUAGUUUAUAAGAUGUGAAGUUUUAGCAGGUUUUUGAAAUGCUUUAAACUGGAUUAAACUUUAAGAUUAACUAGGAAAAUGAAAUUUUUAAAAAGGUGAAAGAAUUGCUUGAAAGCACGAAAAAGAAACAUGAGGAAGAAAUGCAGUUGAGGCAAUAGCAUAUUUAAGAAAUGCAAAAGCAGCAACAGGAACAGCUUAAGUUUUAGCAGCUUUAAUAAUAGCAGUAGUCACUUUAGAGUAAGAAAAUUAAUCUUGUUGUCUCAGAUGAUAGCGGAAAUGAAAAUGGAUCUUAGAAGUCUGAUUGGGAUAAAGAUGAGGACGAUGAGGAAGAUGGUUAAGACGAAGAAGACGAAGAUGAAGAUGAAGAGGAUGAGGAGGACGAUGAUGAAGACGACGAUGAUGAUGAUGAUGAAGACGAAGAUGAUAAUGAUGAUGAUAGCAAAACUGACAAAGAUGGCAGAGAUGAUAACAACGAUGAUGAUGGUAACGGAAGAAACAAUAAUAAUUAAAAAGGUAACUAGAAAAAGACUGAUCUUAUUCAAAUUGAAAGUGAUCUUUCUUUGAUGGAUGAAGAAGAAUCACAAUAAUAAUAGCAAUAAAAUGAAUCAGAUACCAAUAAUUUAAAUGAAGUUUAGAGGAAUUAAUACAAGACUCUCUUUGAAUAGGGAUUGAAGUGGAAAAAUGAGGUUUAAUCUGCUUACUAAAUUAUAAAGAACUGCUCUAGUUCAGAUUCUGGAGAGAACAACAACAAAAUGGAUAUUGAGAAACUCUCUGAUGACUCGUUGGUCACAUUCUAACAGCUAAAGAAUCUACUCCAGGAAGGAUACUAAAUCACGCAGGAUAUUCUUAAGCUGCAUCAAAGUGUGGUGUUUAUGAAAUCAAAGAUGAUCAAGCUUGAAAAUAUUUUUAUUUCAAUCCACAAGCAUUUAGAUUAAUUCAACAAGAUUAAAAACCCAGAUUUGGUAGAUGAUUCUGUGAAAAUAUAAAAUUGCAUUGAUAUUAGCGAUAUUCUCAUAGAAUACAAAGUCAAUCUAUCAUCUAAUUCUCAAGAAAAACUUAGCUUUAAGAAUAUGAUAAAAUUCCCUUUUAGAAAUCUCAAUAAAUUUGCUUCCAAUUACAAGAGAGAAGAGGAUCUCAGCUAUUUUAUUAAGGAAACAACCAACGAAUCUUCAAAGUAGAUACAAGCUACUUCUUCUCAGCAAGGUUCGAAAUAAUCAAGAAAGCAGCAAGCGAAGUUGCAAGAGUAAAAAUAAAGAAAGCAAAAAGGGAAUGUUAAAUAGAGCUAAGUCAUAGAGCUUGAGAGUUAAGAGAAUAAUUAGGAGACUAACAAUAACGACUCAAAGAGUGAAAAAUCUGGAUAAUAAGUGACUGGACUGAGACAAAAAAGCACAAGAAAUAAAACUAAGCUGAUAGACUCAGAUUAUGUUUAUUUUACUAAGCAUCAAACAAAAGAAGAAACAGUAGCAGCUGAGAAUAAACAAAAGCAAAAGGCGAAGUAGAACAAUAAGCAGGUGAGUGAGAAUAGCAAGAAAGUAGCUGAAAGUCAAGAAGAAAACAGCGAAGAUGAAGGAGACGACGAUCAUGAUAGUGCUAAUUUAGAGCAAAAGGCUAAACCAGAACAAGUGAGUGAUGGAGACAGAAGUAAAACUUUAGAAAACCUCAAGAAAACAUUUAUGUAAAACGAAGUCUUCUCAAAGUGUUUGAAUAACAUUAAAGCAAUAGAAAAUUAACUCUUUGGCGAAUUAAAUAAAGACAGAAAGAAAUAUCUAAUAAAAGCUCAACAAUUUACAAAUCUUUUUAGCAAACUAAGCGCUUAUCCUCAGAUCAGUAAAAAAUUAGUUUCAAAAGGGCUCCAAAUGAGUUCAUUAGAAAAGCUGAUGAAUUAAUAAGACUCAAGGUUAGAAGCUAUUGAGAAGCAAAUCAAUAAUUAAUAGGUCUAAUAACAAGAAAGCUCAUCAGCAGCCUAAAAUAACCCCAAAAGCACCUAGCCUUCAUCAAAUAACAAAAAUGCUCAAUCUGCAAAUUUAUCAAAUAAUAAUUAUAACUAAACUUCACGCAAUUCAUCUUAGCAAAGCGCACAAGCAUCUUCUCAACUCUAAAAAAAUCUUAAUUCAACAAAGGAACCUCAGCUUUAGAAAAAAAUUAAGCAAUUUGAUCCUUUGCCUUCUAUCCCUGGAAUUACUUCUGGCAAUAACGCAUCUUCAUAGAAUGCAUAACAAAGCAGCAGCAGCAGUCAUAACUCAAAUAGUGUUCUCUCAAUGCUGAUACAGAAGAACGAUAGCAGCAAAAGCAAUAACAAUACAAAUAGUGGCAACAAUAACACUAAUAACAAUAAUAAUAGCAAUAGUAAUAACAAUAAUAACAACAAUAGGUAAAAGGAUAACAACAAAUAUAAUAGCAACAGUGUAAAUAAUAGCUAAAAUAGCUUCUAAAAUAAAUUCAAAGAAGACCAGCAAAAUAAGAAAAACAAUUAAAAUUAUUAGCAGACAAAUAACCGCAAGAGAAGAAACCAAUAAGCAAACUUCUCAGAUGAGUCUGAAAAUGAAGAAAUUCAGAGCAAAAAUGUUGCUUAGCAAGAACUUUCCAAGGAUUUAUAUAAGGGUAGAAACCAAAGCCUUAGCUUUGACGACGACAUCAAAAUUAACAAAAAAAGCACAUUUAUUGACUUUGAAAAUAAAAAGCAAGAAUAAAAGCAGCAAUCGCCCUAGAGCUUCAGUCAAAGCCACCAAAGUACAAAUGAGGACAAGCAAACGCCCAAAUCAAGCAUCAAUAAGCAGGAUGAUGAAAAUAUUGAAUAAAUUUAGAAUAUCUUUAAUUCCGAGAGCAAAUUAUACACAUUCGACAAGGCAAGCAAUAGCAACUAGCAAAGUCAGGGUACAGAACUUUUGUAUAACCCAGACGAAGAAGAAGAAGGAGUCUAAGGAGGAGAAGUAGAAAUGGAUAUCUAAAAAAUAAACUAACAAUAUUUUGACUUCGACUAUGACCAAAACCCUGCUGGAACUUUGUCUGAAACCAACCAAAACAACAGCAAUAACAGCAACAAUAAAGUUAACAAUAACCAAUAAAACAACAGCAGCAUAAACUAUCAAAAUGAUGCAGAAAAAGAUAACCUUUACUAAAAGAACUCAAGCAGCUUAAAGUAAAAGAGUGAUUCAUUCACGAACAAAGAAGCUUAUCAGAAUUAAAUGGAAGAAGAGCUAGAUGUUCCAAUCCCAGAAGACUCGAUUGUAAGAAUCUGUUCAUCAUCAAUCAAACCAUAAAAAAAUAUGGAUUCAAUUAAAAUCUACAUGCACACCUUAGAACCUAUCAAAAAACUUAACUAGUUCCCUCUAACCUAAUUAAUAUAAAAUCUAGAGGUUAAGUGUGCCUAUACAGGAUUCGAUGAUGUCAAUUCCUACAUAUCUACAUAUACAUCUAGAUCUAAAUCAAAGCCAUAACUUAUGGUAAUGAAGGGUUGGAUAGAGGUCCAAAAUCCAAAAAAAGAUUCAGAAAACUUCUUACAGUUAAUCAAAUAGUAGGAUGAAAAAAAGAAGGUUUUAGGAUACAAGAUUGGUUCAGUAUUUUUCAAUGUUUUCACUGAAAGCCAGAUUAAGAAGACAGACUAUAAAUUUGAUAUCAAACCUUUUAACUCUGACAAUGCUGCUGUUCAAUAUUUUGUAAUAACAAAGAAAAUGAGCGAGCCAAAACCUGAUGAACCAAAUAAUUACGAGUUUGUUAAAUUCUGCACAAACUUAAAUCCUCCAAACUCCUUGCAAGGGAUUAGUCCUAUCAUUUCAGAUAAUGAAGAUGAUGAAAAUAUUAUGAGUAAGAGAGAUUCUAUUUUCGAUGACAAAUACAACGAGGAUAGCCAAUAAGAUCUUAAAUUAGACAUCAUUGAUUUUAACUAAAUUCAACAAUAAAUCUAAGAGCUUCCUACUGCUGAUGUUCCUUAACCAAGUCUAGAUGACAAACAGCCUUCUUUCGAUCACUUGAGCCAACCUCAUAGCUACUAAGCUCAUGGACAUCACUAAUAACAGCCUUAUCAAGGACAAUACAAUAGUUAUUAGAGAUAACAACCACCACCACCACCAAUUCCUUAAAUUAACUAGCAAGGAUUUCCUUCUAACAUUCCUAUUGUUCCUCCAAGUUAGAUGCCAUUCAACCACUCAAAUUAAUCCUUCUCAAACACUAUGCCAAAUUAUAAUUUGAACUCUACUCCUACCCACAUGCAAAUGGGAGGACCUCAUCAAUAAUAGCAAUAACCACACCAUCACCUUCACUCUGGAAAUCCUAUCAACUACAACCAGCAAGUACCACCUUAACAAAUUGCUCCUUCUCCUCUUGUUUAAAACAAUAUGAGCAUAGAGCAACAGGAUAACGAAAAGAAAGAUCUAUCUCAUGACUUGAAUGAUAUUUCUAAUUCCUAAAUGAUCAACGAGUCCAAUUUAGAGCUCUUUGAUUUUGAUGACUUAGAUUAGCUUAAAAUGUUAUUAGAAAAUGAUAAUGCAGGAACUCCUUCAGCUUAAAGCAGCACUCUUUAAUCUAGUUAGCCUCCCACUGUUUAAAUUCCUCCUCCACAGUAAUAAUAUCAUAAAAUGGGUUCAAAUUAAAAAUAACCUCCUUUACCAGGUUAAGCCCCUCCAUUCAUGCAUUCAAAUCAAACAUAAGGCAAUUUGAAUGAAUCAGGCUCAGCUCAAAACUAAAAUCCUAAUAUUGAUCCUAACCUUUAAUAAUUAAUAAUCAGUCAACGCUCUAAACCUGCUUACGAAAUGAAUCCUUAAAUCCAACCCCCAUUCCCUAAUUAAGCUCAGCAACAAUAACAACCUCCUUAAACAUAACCAAACUAUCAGAAUAAGCCCUACCCUCCUCAAUAAUAACAAAAUUUAAUUCCCCCUCCUCCUGUUCCCCACCAAAUUGGUAACCAAAGCUAAAUGCAACCAUCUCAUCCCCAGCAGUAUCAUGGUCAUUAAUAACAAGGACAUAUGUAAGGUUAAUAAUGGAAUCAAUCUAACCAACAAGGUAAUUCUCAAUACAUUAGAAAUGCUCCAAACCAAAAUAAGAACCCACAAUACGGAAUGAACAACCAAAAUUCGAACUCAUACUAAAAAGGAAUGCCUAAUAUUCCACCUACUCCUCACCCAGGAUAAAUGCCUAACUAGUAAUAAAAUAUGAACCUAUAAAAUUACAAUAAUUAAAACAUGGGUAGACAGUACUCUCACAAUCCCCAACACAACUAAAACAGUAAUCAAAGUGGAGCCAACAAUAUGAACAGACAACCCAGAUACAAUAAUAACAACAACCAAGGAUACGGUGGAUCUCAAUACAACAAUAAUAAUCCAAAUAAUUAGAAUCAAUAACAAUAAAAUUACAAUAAAUUCCAGAGAGGAAACUAGAAUGCCAUGAACAAUAAUAACAAUGGAAACACUCCUAACAAAGGUGGACAUGGAUACCAACAACAUAAAAAUCCAUUUGGAUCGAGACAGUAAGCCCAUUACCAAAGAAACAAUUAGCCCUACACAGCCCACAAUCCCGUUCCUUUCUAAGACCCAAAUACAAUGGAUAAUUAACUCAUGUAACAAUAAUAAAUGUAAUAUCACCCACAACAGAAUGAUAACAUGGGAGAUUUAGACUAAAGAGACUACUCUUGA